UGUGCAACAGUAACGCCACAGCAAACAACAAAUCUGCAGGAUUGCCGAUCCAAACAACACCCCCUCGGCAUAGAUUUGUAGCAAACAGUAACAUCCUACCAUAGAGAGAGAGAGAGAGAGAGACUGAUGGCUGUAGCAUUCUAAGAUUUAGGGCGAGCGGCGGCAACCCACGUUCGACCACGUUGUCCCCCAUCGGAGGUAUCGGCACGCGAGGACCCGACACAGGCUUGUCCCCAAGGAAAGCGAAGAUCCCGUCGACAUGUCGCGGAGUGGGCCCCAGCGGCCGGUGAAGUGGAGGGUGGAUGGGUUGUGAGGACCGUUCCGGUUUACCGUGACCCGCCGCGGGUUCCCGCUUUAAAUAUGCCGCUGCCGCGCACAGCCGUCGGCCUCCGCUGUCGUUUCUUGAAGUGGUAGAGACAGAGUCGAGAGAGAGAGAAGGGGGCGAUUGGUUGCAGGAAAGAGCGGGGUUUGGACCAAAGCAAUCGCAGGCGAGUAAGAGAAGGCAGACCUUUGCUGCUGCGGCCUUUCUGUGUGAGGAUCACAACAAAGAUCAGGAAGGGCUGUGGGUGAGGGAGAAGAGCUCUGGCUCUGUGAGCUGAAGAGGUACUCAGCCGGAAUGGAGCGAGGAGGCGCAGAGAAAGCGGCGGAGAUGGAAUGGCCGGCGUACUUGAAUGAGUACGAGAAGCUCGUCAUUCGGAUGAACAACCCGAGGGUUGUCAUCGACAAUGCCGUCUGCCCCACCGCGACUCUCGUCAAGGUGGACAGCGCCAGGAAGCAUGGAAUCCUCCUCGAGGCCGUCCAGGUCCUCACCGACCUCAAUCUUUCCGUCAAGAAGGCCUACAUCUCCUCUGACGGCCGCUGGUUCAUGGACGUCUUCCACGUCACCGACCAGUUUGGCCGCAAGCUCGCCGACGACAGCGUCAUCUCCUACCUCGAACAGUCUUUGGACACGGAGGACCAUGGGCUCCACCGGUCCUGCGCCGAGGAGGGCCUCACCACCCUGGAGCUCACCGGCGCCGACCGCCCGGGCCUCCUUUCCGAGGUUUUCGCCGUGCUCGCCGAUCUCGGGUGCGGGGUGGUGGAGGCCAAGGUGUGGACGCACAACGGCCGAAUCGCCUGCCUCGUCUCCGUCAAGGACGAGCUCUCCGGCUCCCCCAUCGACGCCGACGCGCGGCGGAUUCACCACAUCGAGUCCCGCCUCCGCCACGUCCUCAAGUGCGACCACGGCGUCUGCGGCGCCCGAACCGCUGUCUCCUCCAUGGCCGUCGCCCAGACCGACCGCCGCCUCCACCAGAUGAUGUUCGCGGACCGCGACUACGAGCGGACGCCUCCAUCGCCACCGGCGUCCACGCGGCCCUCCGUCUCGAUCCAAAACUGGGUCGAAAGGGGGUACUCCGUCGUCACCGUACAGUGCCGCGACCGGCCCAAGCUGUUGUUCGACAUCGUGUGCACUCUCACGGACAUGGAAUACGUCGUGUUCCACGGCACCAUCGACACCGACGGCGAUUUAGCUCAUCAGGAGUUCUACGUGAGGCACAAAGAUGGCAGCCCCGUCAGCUCGGAAGCAGAGAGACAAAGGGUGAUCCAAUGCUUGCAAGCAGCAAUCGAGAGGAGAUCAUCAGAGGGGAUAAGAUUAGAGCUCUGCAUCGAGGACAAGCCAGGGCUCCUCUCGGAGGUGACGCGGACGUUCCGAGAGAACAGCCUGUUGGUCACGAGAGCCGAGGUCUCGACGAAGGGCGACAUGGCCUCCAACGUGUUCUACGUGACCGACGCCGCCGGGCGACCGGCAGAUCCCAAGGCGAUCGACGCCGUCCGGCUGCGGAUCGGCCCGGAUUGUCUUACGGUGAAGGAGGAGCAGCGGCCGCAGUUCCGCCGCAAGGCGGCCGCUCCCGACGACCAGGGUGGUGGUGGUGCCGUUGGCAUCGGCCUGUUCUACCUGGGAAAUCUGUUCAGGAGAAACCUGUACAAUCUGGGGUUGAUCAAGUCCUGUUCUUGAGGUCUACCUCUGUGUCUGUGUAUAGACACUAAACUCAAACUCUGCUUCCAUUGCCUCCAAAUUGUGUCUGUGUACAUAACAGAUGGCUGGAGGGAAAGGAUAUAGUGAAGCAAUCGGAAUAGAUGUUACUGUGGGAGGAAGAAGAAGAAAGAUAGUAGCGGCGGCGGUGGCGGUGUGUGAUUGCCGGACUGUAUUCAUAGCUUUGUCUUUUGCAAUGUUAGGGACACUUUUGUGUAUAUGGAAUUGAUGUUUAGUA